AUGUUUAGAACAGCAGUCAGAAACCUAGCCAGUCCAUUGAGAAGAGGUGUGUAUGUUGGAUGUAGUGGCAGUUUGUUAAUUGGAGGUGGUGCAUUGAUGCACGCAAUUCAGCCAAGCCAAUACAUCUUGAAUGAUUCUAUAGUUGGAGUGCAGCAGAGGGGUGAUUUGCAACAGGAGCUUGGUCUACCUACGCGCAGCGAAUUGAGGACGGUGCAAGGUGGGAAAGGUACGAAGGUUAAUUACAGACAGAUGUGCUACGGGUCGAUCAUGGGGCUAUUUUUCGGUGUGAUAGUCGGGAAGAUUUCCAGUUUGCUAGUAUUCAUCACUGGAGUUGGGCUUCUUGGCAUGCAGUUUUUGCAGAACCGCGGGGUGAUCAGCAGCGACAGCACUCGUGCGCUUUCGAAGUAUGCGAUUACUGUGGGGAAAGAGAAGAUCGAUUUGAACACGCUACUUUGGGAUCGCCCCAGUUUCAAGGUGUCGUUUUUGCUGACGUUUGUGCUAGCGGCAUUCAACGUAUGA